ACAUAGAGAACAAGUCAUUAUUAUAGUCAGUCUAAGUGAUAGAUAUGGAGUUCUAUUACCUCCUAAUGUUAGCACUCUCUUUUCAUUUUAUGAUUGCUACUACUAAUUCUGUACCAAUAGAAUCAAACACUAAAGCAGUGGAUAACAAUACUUGCUGGACAAAGAUACAAACACCCUGUGAAACUUCAUCAACCACACAAACUGGUUUAAUAAAAGAUCUCAGCUCAGAGAAAUUCAUUGGUUCAACGGUUCUCAAAGAACACGAUGUCAUGGACUGUUAUCCUUGGAUGUUUCGUAAUCCCAGAAAUGGAAAAUGUGAAUGUAGUAACAUUCCACAUCACUCUGUACUAUGUGAUGUUGAAGUCAGCAGGACAUCCAUUCUUGAUUGCUAUUGUAUGACUUACGAUAGUGAGAGCAAUGAAACUCAAUUAGGAAGAUGUGUGUAUGGUUGCGGACAUAAAAGAGACACUGUGUUUUAUCCACUUCCAAAUAACACGGACGAUCUUAAUUCAUACUCUUGUGGAAGAAUGAACCACGAUUCAACACUGUGUGGGCAGUGUCUACCAGGAUAUUCACCACUCUUGUACUCGUAUGAAAUGAAAUGCAUGAACUGCACAGGAGAGAACAUGACCUACAACUGGAUCAAGUACAUAGCAGUUGCUUACAUUCCUUUAACAUUCUUCUUUUUCUUUGUUGUAAUUUUCAAAUUUAAUGGAACUUCACCAAUGCUGAAGUUGUUCAUUAGUGUGUCCCAAGGAAUCUUUUCACCUAUUGCUGUUCGAGGUAAUUUUUCUGUCAUUUCAAAGAAAUCAUAUAUUGAGAAAUUUAUUAUUAAAGCUAUAGGCUGCUUUUAUGGUAUCUGGAAUUUAUAUUUCUUUCGUGCUGUCAUUCCACCUAUUUGUGCGACGGACAUCAGUCAAAUACAAGUGCUUGCUUUGGAUUAUGCGAUUGCCUUUUAUCCAUUGGUACUGGUUAUUCUGACUUACUUUCUCAUUAGUUUGCAUAGCCGUGAUGUACGUAUAGUUGUUUGGUUGUGGAGACCUUUUCAUAAGGUUUUCAGUUUAGUUAGUCAAAGCUGGGAUAUGGAAGGAUCGAUUGUGAAUGCUUUUGCGACCUUUUUAUUACUCUCCCACUUAAAGAUUCUCAGCGCUACUGCUGACUUGCUAGUAUUUACUGGAAUGUAUGUGCUGAAGGCAAACAGCAAAGAAUACACUAAAAAGCAUGUACUUUACUAUGAUGCCACAGUGGAAUACUUUGGACAUGAACAUCUUCCGUACGCAAUAGUAGCUUUGUUUGUCGGAGUUUUUGUUGUAAUACUUCCUAUAGUAUUUCUGAUUGUAUAUCCGAUGAAAUGGUUUCAGAAAUGUCUCAAUUCUUUGAAAAUUCAGCGUCAACGUCUUGACAUGUUUGUUAACUGCUACCAAGGUUACUACAAGGAUGGAACGAAUGGUACAAGAGAUUAUCGAUGGUUUUCUGUGACUUACUUUCUUCUUCAGCUAAUUCUGAUCGUAUUAUUUACAGUCUCACAAACUAUCUAAUUUUAUUCGAUCGGAGUCUUAGUCGUAGUCAUCCUCAUGUUUUUACAGCUCUCAUUACGACCAUACAAGGAAGAAUUCAAAGUGUACAACAUAACAGAUGCCUUCAUGUUGUUGCUUCUUAGUGGAGUUUUUAUUAUGGCAAUCGCAGGAGAUGAAGCUGACAUUAUAGCUUCUUACUUCAGCAAUUUUUCUUAUUCGGUACUAGUGCUCAUUGGAAUUGUCCCGAUAAUAUAUUUCUUUGCAUUGAUCAUUUGGUGGAUCUUGGUAAAGAAACAACUCAAAACUUGGUGCAUGAGCAAACUUCGUAGCUUUCGUGCUCCGACUGUAAUCCCACGAAUUGAAGAGUCAUUUUCAGAUAGUGAUAUUCCACACCGGUUAGAGAAUCCAUCAGAUUACUCAUUACCAAAUACCCCGCUGAUUUCUGCCAUUUGAAAGAAUACAAAGUAUGGCUCAGUUGCUUGUGCUGUCAUUCCAGAGCCAUGAUGGUAAUGCUAAAUAAUAGUAAAGCUGACUAUAGAUUAGCAAAAUGUUUAGUAGUGUAACUUCCCUUCACAUGCAUGUUAGGCAUCUUUAGCAUUAUUUUGUAUAGUUAAUAUGUGUGUUUAUUUGCACAUAAAUUAUGCGCAUGAAUGUGGGGCUCCUUGUCUUCGGUGUAUCCUGUGUGAUAGAGUCAUGUCACAGUGAGAGCGGUUUAUGCAGUUUGCCGAGCAUUUUAAGGGAAAGCAGUUUAUUGUGUAAUGC